AUGCGCGACAGUAAAGUGUUAAUACCUAAGAAAUUACGAAACAGAAUUUUGGAAGAGUUGCACGAAGGGCACCUAGGUAUUGUUAAAAUGAAUUCUGUAGCGAGAAGGUACUGUUGGUGGCCGGGCAUCGACAGUAACCUCAAGAGGUUAGCUAAAGAUUGCAAGAACUGUAAUUUAGUCCGGGCUGACCCACCAAAAAUACAGGCACAAACGUGGCCACCAGCAGAACGGGUAUUCCAAAGGAUACAUAUAAAUUAUGCAGGACCCUUUAGGGGUCAUUAUUUCUUUGUCCUGGUGGACGCGUAUUCCAAAUGGCCAGAAUUGUUCAUUACAAACGAUCUAACAAGUAGCACUACAAUUGACAAAUGUAGACAAGUUUUUGCAACCUUUGGAAUACCCGAAACGAUAGUGUCGAACAACGGCAGACAUUUCACAUCACACGAAUUCAGAGAAUUUCUUAAAUCUAACGGCAUUGUACAUAAAACUAUAACACCUUUUCAUCCGGCGACAAACGGACUGGCCGAGAGAUGGGUGCAGACCUUUAAACAGAUGCUAAAUAAAAAAUUGCAGGGUACACCAGUAACUAAGAAAGAAUUACAGGUAGCAGUGUAUCAAAUUCUACUGCACUACAGAAACACGCCCCACCAGUCGACAGGCAAGUCGCCGGCUGAAAGGAUAUUCAAUCGCAGACUGCGCACGCGUCUCGAUUUAUUACGGCCGAAAGAAAACACUGUACGCGGGAACAACAUUAAUAAGAAACAGGAAACUGUACGAGAAUUGCAACUAGGCGAUAGGGUAGAAUGUCGAAAUUACUACGGAAAAGAAAAAUGGGCCCUUGGUCGUGUAAAGCAAAAACUCGGACAUGUACACUACAUAAUUCGUUUAGAUAACGGUAAAGAUUGGAAACGACGCAUCAACCAAAUUCAAAAAGUAGGAAAUGUACCGAUACAGGAAAAUAAUGCAAGCGACAUAUUAGAUUACGGAACGCCAAACGAUACAACUGUUAACGUACCUGCCGUAGCCACCGACGAAGCCGAUAAUAGAGUAAACGUAGAACAGCGUGAAGCCACAGCGGAAUUAGACGUGGAAAAUACACCGCGUAGAUCAUCGCGAAAUCGAAAAUACCCGAUGCGAUAUGGACAGCCGAUUCCAUGGUAG